AUUACGCGGUAGCUACGGAAAUCAAACGUUUUGAUUGUUUGCUUGAUUUGCUGCUGGCCCUUUCUUUCCUUCAGUCAUCUGCUCCAGCAGGCACUUCAAAGCAACCGUGUAUCAUUGGGAUUUAAUGUCCUCCGUCCUCUGCAGUUCAAGUCCGCUUGUAUUCUAACAAUCAAGAUUAUUACCCCUCGGGACGGACCUGCUGUAUAAUUUAUACGCUGCUAGGGUAUAAGCCCUCACACUCUUUUACUCCUCGUCAUGUCUUCCGCUCGACAUUGGUUUUCAAAACGUAUUACAACUCCCAAAUCUCCCACUUCCAAUGACUUUUGCCGUUCAGCAACUGAAAAACUCCCCGAAAAUUCAAUGCAAUCCGAUAGCUUCAAAUUCAGCCCUUUUGCAUCUGUCAUCGGAAGAAAGUCCAAAAAGUCACGUCCAACUUUAGCUAUUCCUGAUUCUCCAUUACCAUCCCUCGUUUCUCCCCCUGCAGUCUAUUCGAAUCCUGACCGGUACACUAAUAGACCUCCCGCAAAAUCUAUUUCAUCUACUAUCCGCUCCGGAGACGACUCCUUUGAACCUAGGACUCCUCCCGAUGUUCAGGCAGAUCGUGUUUCAUUUCCUCGUUCGGUUUUGACACUGUCAGACCCUGAUCCUUUCGCAUCAGGCGGUAUCUCUGUGCCCCGAAACAUAUUAGACCAGGGUAGCGUGUCUGUCUACUCCAACAACACUUCAGCACAUGAUGUAGUUUCAAAUAAAGACCAAGUCGAUUUUUUGCAGCAUCCAUCGCAUCUCUCGAUGUCAUCACAGUCUCACAGUGACAGUCGCAAUGCGACACCAUCACUGGAAUUUACUGGGCCUUAUUUGUCUCCUAUGGCAGACAGUCGGGGCACAUCGCCUAGAGAAAUGUUCAAGAGAAACGAGAUAAUAGACGAUCAAAAAAACUUAGAAAGCCCUGUGUAUUGCAGCCCUUUGGAUAUACAUUCUAAACCUUCGCUGUCAAAGCAUGGAUCUGCGGUAACCUUGACUGAUCAGAGUCACAAGGGUCCCCAAGAUUUCCCUGCUGUGGCUGUACGAUCUACAAUGUAUCGAAGGGGCUAUGCGGCGCCCAGCCCGUUCCAGGCUGCGAGUACCGUGUCUCAGCCUCGAAAAGGUUCCAGUUCACCCUCUGCCGAGGUAUAUGUUCGCUCUCGUACCCUCAGCCGCCAGCAAUCCACCUCUCGUCCUGCUCCAGCUUGUGAGCUUCCCCCACCUCCUACAAUGUCACACGUUACAUCCGUCCCCGCCGCCGACGGUGCCGAAGAUAAAUUUCCGUUAUCGGCGGAUGGGAGUUCUUCUUCCGGCAUAUCAUGUCCUUCACCUACCUGGCGGAUCCAAGAGCUGGACAUUAAUGAUCCACGACCGUAUAAAGGUAUCAACCUGGGCUUUGAUCAUGACUUCGGAACUCAGCACCAACCGGUAAAGGAGUCGAACCGCAUUCAUGUCAGGGACACCGCGGAAUCGACUCCACCACCGCUAGCUUUCCACCAGCUAAAGAAGUCUAUGUCGCACUCAACCCUGCAAAAGGCUAAAUCAGGCUCCGGUGGUACGCAAGAGUCUUUCAAAGGAGAUAAGGGAUUGAAAAAACAACACUCCUUCCAUCGUUCACGCGCUCACACACCCCCUACAUCUACGCCAGCCUCCCCUUCCACACCAUCCGAUCACGACCCUUCAUCAGCUGAAAAUCGUAUACCACCGCUUCCACAUCCUCACGCUGUCGUGCGAAAACGUAUGUUUUCAGGCUCUAGGAAAUCGUCGACAGCAAUGACAGAUGAAGAUUUACGCUCGGUAUUCAGUCUUCCAACAGAAGCAGGACGUUCCCAUUUGGCAUCACCCAGAACUGUUGUGUCACUGCUUGACGAACCUUCAGAUCCACUUGCAUCGGAUAUAAUAUACCCGACUGCGGACUUUACCCCGCAAUAUAUUAUGUCCCCCGCGGAAAUGUUGAAGAUGGAGGCCAUUGUGCAGGGUGAAUUUGACGCCAAGUACGGAGAGGCUCUACGAAAUCCCCAGCGUGCCACAUUUGCAUCGACGCCUAUGUAUGGUACCAUGUACAGGAAAGAAGGCCUGAAGACGACUUUGUCGUCUUUUCCGCAUUUGGCGCCUACUCGCAGCGCAUCAAAUGUUUCUAAAGGACUCAAUCCUAGAUCGUUCACACGUCCCUCGACUGCACAUACAACUUCUUCCUCGACGUUACAAUCAUCAUCCACCAAAGCUAGUCUAUCACCCCCGCAACGUCCACGAGCUCGUCCACAUACCGCCGAGACAAUGUACCAUGAAGACCUAUUUAGCAGGCGAUCAAGCAAUGUCCCAUUCAUCCCUCUAUCUCCACCGCCACGGCGCCCAAAGUGUGCAAUUGCAAUUCAUACACCAUCGCUCGUGGGCAACACAGCGGUACCGCAGCGAUCCGUAAUUAGGAAGCCCUCCUUCCUGGAGAUUGCAGACGACACUGAUUGUUGCGAAGGCAGCUUCCUGGAUUUUGACAGCGGCAAAGAGUCUUUUGAUUUCUCCCGGGACUUCGACUGACGAAGAAGGGAUUUUAUCACCAUUCGAUGCAGCUAGUCCUUUUCCCGAUAGUCACGUUCUUUUAAAUCGAUCAGUUAUUCAGUCCAUUAUUCUUACGCUACUUACGCUACUGCUCGAAUAUUAAUAUACUAACACUUCAACGCAUUGUCUUAGUAGUUAGAACCGUACUACACUUCGCUCCCCUAACAACCAACCACUUAUUUUAACGGUCUCUGUGUUACCAUCAUUUGCUAGGCACAUGUUUUUCACUCUUAAGAGUGGGAAAAGUGUUCCACCAAGGACCCUUUCGGUGGUUGCAUUUGGAUAGCAGAUCUUCCUGGCAAUUCCACAAAUCAAAAAAUUAGAAG